AUGUCAUUCCUUCUCAACUACGUCUUCGGACAACAACAACAUGGUCCAGAGCGCAUACCAACGGAUAUAGUCAUACCGCUAAAUAGCCGGGAUGAUAGGAUGGAACACAGGAACAUUGCAUUAGAACUCACUAUGCGCUUCGACGAUGUUCUCGAUGCCCAAAGACUCGCGGAUGCACUUUGGAAGUUGCUCGAGAAGCCCCGUUGGAGAAAAUUGGGAGCACGACUACGCUUGAACAACGAAACUGGACGACUUGAGAACCACAUUCCGGCGCAGUUUACCAAGGACCGCCCCCCAAUUGAUUAUACCCAAAGGACGUAUGAUAUGAAACUGGAGGAACAUGCAAUCUGGCGCAUAUUCCCAAGUGUUGAAGACAAUGAUCGUAUACAAUCAUUUGAAACCUUGCCUGUGACGACUGAGCUUACGCCGUCGGAGGGCGGUCCAAAAGUGAUGGAAUACUGGACUCACAGCGACAGAGCACAGGCAGGGUUGGACAUUGCUAAUUUUCAAGAUGCGACAUUGGUCACCAUAACGGGGUUGCAUACACUCACGGAUGCCUUAGGACUCCAUACGCUAUUGGAUGCAUGGGUCGCAGUCCUAGAAGGAAGGGAUGAAGACGUGCCAGAAGUCUGGGACUACGAUGUUGACUACUUGAAGGAUCUUGGCGCGCUUCCAGAUGAGCAUGAAGAAGAUGAAAAGAAACAACCUUCGAUCUGGACGGCAGUAUCAAGCUUGAAGGACUGGAUAUCGAGGCUACCGAAGCUACCGAGCUUCAAGCUCAUCCUUGCUAUCCUUCACUGGCGCCUGUUCCAGACCCCCAAGCCCCAAUGCGACCGCAAAAUGUACAUACCAGCGUCCUGCUUCGCCCGACUACGCAAAGAAGCCAUGAACGAUCUCGCCUCACUCGACCCUUCCGAAAUAACCUACAGUACCUCUGCCCCUACCAAAACCACCCCGUUCCUCUCCGACGGCGACAUCAUCACCGCCUGGCUAGUCCGGCACCUCGUAACCUCCGACUUCGACCUGCCAAAGUACCCUCUCGACCGCCUAGUCUUCAUUCUCAGCGUCCUCGGAAUGCGCGACGUACUAAGCGAAGACACGGAAAAAUACAAAGCCCUAAUCCCAAAAGGCAAAGCCUACGUCGGAAACGCCACCGCUGGCCUCUACACGCACAUUGCGCUAAAAGACUUUCUCGAGCUCCCCAUAGGCCACAUAGCCGCUAAGAUCCGCAAAAGCAUCGUCAACCAGAGCAGUCGCGAGGCGGUCGAAGCUACGCACCGCGCCCAGCGGCUCGGUCGCUUCGACCACGUGCUGCCGCCGGGUACGACGAUGAUUCCCAAGAUAAUCAUCAUGACUAACUGGAACAAGGCGAAGUUUUUUGAAACGGACUUUUCGGCUGCCUUGGUACACGGUGCGAGUGAGGCGGGCAAGGAAGGGGUGGGGAAGGAUGCGAAGGGUGGUUAUUGGCUUAAUUCGACGAUGGCGAAGGAGUCGGAGGAGAAGUUUUUGAAGAGUAUUGCGAAUGCGUGA